AUGGGUUCGGCAUCCUCAUCGGCGAGGUCCGCCCACCGGAACCGAUCCGGCGCAGCGGAGAGGGGGACGACCGGGGCGGACGAGGCAGGCGCGAGGGGCGACGGCGAGGAGGGGGCUGGCGCGAGCACCGGCACGGGACAGGGGACGGCGACGGCGGAGGCGGCGUCUGGCGAUGGCGGGGGCGGGUCGCCCGAGCUCACGGUCGCAGGAGCGCACUCCAUUUCACCCCACUUCAGCCGUCGGCAGACGGGCGGGCAGGCUGCAGAACAGGAAGAGCAACACGAGCUCUGUCAACGCCAUGGAUGCCAUGCUGCUCGAGGGGGCCGUCUUGUCUGCGCCCUUAAUGAGAUGUACUCGAUGCCCAAUGGGGAGCAGGAGCAAGAUCCAGAGGGGGAGGCGAGUGGAGGCGAGAGCGGCGAGUGGCACUCUGACGGAGAGGAGGAUGAGGAGAGUGACGACCCGAGUGAUGAAGAAGAGGUCGACUCACCUCCCCAUAUGGAAAGGCGAUCCAAGCACACUCAUGACCCGGCAAGCAUCCGCGGCAAAGCGACCGCACAGACCGGGCAGUCGUCAAAGCGCCCUCGGACGUCUUCUCCAGCGCCGACUGAGAAGGCGCCGAAGCAAUCAAAAGCUGCGCCGUCAAAACCGCAGAAAGCCUUGCCCAAGAUCAAAGUAACCAUUCCCACUGUUUCCGGUGCUGCUACCUCCGAGACUUCCGCUUACAGGAAUGAAGAUGAAGAAAUGGAAGAUGCAGUCACCUCCAAUCCGGCUCCUCCCACUGUCAUUGAUCUUCUAGAUGAUGACGAGGAUGUGCCACUUAGGCCCCAGGGAGAAGAAACAGGAAGGCAGAACCUGAACCAAGCUCUGGUGAAAAAGGAUGAAGACCUUGCAGUCACACAGAAAAUAGCUGAUGAGAAAACUGCACUCGCUGAACAGAAGAUAGCUUCAGUUGAAUUUUGCCAGAACUUCGAAGAAGAGACUGGACGAGUUGAGACAAGCUUGGACCCCAUCCAUUCUCCAGUGAAGGACGAAGCUGCCAUGAACGAAUUCCAGAACAUGAUCUCUAACAUCCUGGCGGUUGACCGGUCGCCUGAGGACGCGCCGAGUGACGCCGAGCGCCGCUACUCGGAAGAGCGUGACAACGACGACGACAAAGAGGAGAGCAACGAGGACGAGAGCUCUGAGGAUGGGGAGGUGGCUCAGUCUUCUCCGUCUUACGAGGCCCCCAAGGAACCCCGCACGAAGGCACAACAUGAACCGAGUGGCAAGGCGGGCGGGGCUCCGCAGACGACUCGCAGCUCCAAGCGUGCUCGCGCCGAAGCCGAGUGCUCAGCUGAGAAGCAGCCCAAGCUGCCCAAGAAGAUCUCCGCUAAGCCCCGGAAGGUUGCGGUGCCCCGGAUCAAGGUGGCAGUGCCUGCGACUUCGGCAUGA